GAUACGUCUCGCGUUACACAUCGUGCAAGUCAUGAACUUUAUAUAGUUCGAUAACAGUGCCCAUUUUUAUUGCAAACCGUAUUUAAAAAAAAGAAAUAAACUAGAUAAACAGUUUUAAAAAAGUGGAAAGAAUAGAAGCAUGAAAGUUACAAGCACAAUCGGUCGAUCCGUAGAAAUUCCACUUCGUAUGUUUGGUAUCUGGCCGGGCUCGCCGUACGUUUCACUUUGUAGAUUAUUUUGGACGAUUGCACUUGUGACUGCUCAAUAUUUUCAAUACCAGUAUAUUAUUACGCAUAUAUAUAUUGCCGAUCUCUCCGAUUUGAUGGACGGCUUAAGCGCAACUCUGGCUUUUACUCUGUUAUUCAUUAAACUCGUUACCUUUUGGAUAAAUCAACGAACGUUUAAUAAGAUAUUGGCAAUGAUGGCAAUAGAUUGGAAGAAGAACAGUGGUAUCGAUUUUAACAUGAUAAUAAGCAAUGCUACUUUGUCACAUAAUUUCUCUAAUUUCGUCUUCAGUUUCCAUUCAAUAGCCGUAAUAGUGUACAGUAUUAGCGUUCUCACUGUUAGUACAAGUGACUACGAAGGAACUGACAUAUCUAUGCGACCACUUAUUCUAAAGAUGAAUUUUCCAUUUCAUAGUGAUACACAGUUAAUUUAUGCAAUAAUGUUAAUCGCACAAUUUCUCUAUUUGCUGCUUUGUUCCAUCGGCGUUAGCACAUUAAACGCUCUACUAAUUGUUUUGAUACUGCAUCUAGCUGGCCAGAUUGAUAUUCUCCGUAGGUGGUUAACAGAGAUUCUUUUUUCAGAAGAAAACGGAUAUAAGCCGAGUGCGGUAAUGAUAAAAAAGAUAAUUGAAAAACAUCAAAAUAUUAUUAAUUUUUCAGAGGAUAUUGAAAAUCUCUAUUCUCGCAUUGCACUGAUUUUGUUUGUAUCGGACACUUUAAUUAUCUGUUUCGUUGGAUUUGUACUCGUUACGUCAAUUGGUGCGUCUAACAGUUUCUUUACGAUAUUAAAAAUCCUUGCAUUUUAUUUCGUGAUGAAUUUUGAAGCAUUUGUAUAUUGCUUCGCUGGAGAAUAUCUAAGUUCCAAAAGCAAAAUGAUCGGAGAAGCUGCAUACGAUUCUAGCUGGUAUCAAUCCACACCUCAAGAUAGUCGAAUUAUUUUGUUCUUGAUAAUGAGAUCGCAAAACCAAUUAACGAUUACGAUCGGAAAAUUUAUGGAUCUUUCCUUAGAGCGAUUUGCGAAUAUUAUAAAAGCUUCAGCAUCUUAUGUAUCAGUUUUGUUAGCGAUGUAUUAAAGAGCUAAUAAUUGUGCUUCUAAUUAGUUUAGAAAUUGUUUUUAUUAUACAUAGGUCAAAGGUAAUUUAUGUAAAUUAAAUAAAUCUUAGUAAAAGUAGCUCUUA